AACCCUGAAACCAAAAGCAUGGUUAAAACCAAAGCUUGUCGAAUAUAAAAUGUUGCUAGUAAUCACAACUCGUAUAAUAGAUCCGUUUGUCGAUGACAACGGCGAGUAAGCUGGAAGGUGAGCUGAGUGCACUGAAGCGUCGGCUGGGGCUCACUCUCAUCAAGUUCGAGGACGCGGCGGUAGAGUUGGAGCCGUUUGUGCGCGCGCACGUGUUCGAAACUGCUCCCCAGCUGGCCGAACAACUGCUCAGGCACUUUAAGGACGAGCUGAAGUGGCAAGCGGCCAAGAUCCUGGGCUCGGUGGACUUCCUGGGCAACCCUCUGGGCUUCGUGGCGGACGUGUCCGAGGGCGUGAGAGGGGCUUUUCUGGAGGGCAACAUCUCCACACUUUUCAAGAACGUGACGCACGGACUUUCCAAUUCGGCCGCCAAGGUCACCGAGUCUCUGGGUGACGGCCUCGAGCGCGUGGUGAGCGACGAGGCGCACGAGGAGACGCGCCGCCGCAUCCGCAGCGCCGCCGCCGGGGCGCAUCUGGCCGCCGGCAUCAGGGGGCUGGGGCUCGGCAUACUGGGCGGCAUGACUUCCCUGGUGAAGCACAGCUACGAGGGCGCGGCGUCGGAGGGCCUGCCGGGGUUCCUGGCGGGCGUGGGCAAGGGCCUGGUGGGCACCGUCACCAAGCCCGUCAUCGGAGUCCUGGACCUCGCCGCCGAGACCGCCUCUGCGGUGCGGGACACCAGCAGGAGGUACGUCACCGAUAAUAUUUUUUAAAUAAUAAUAAGUUUAAGCAGAAUCAUGAAUUUGGACAUUUUAUUUAUUUAUUAAAUAUUUACCCUCCAAUC